AUGCGCACCGCGGCAGCACUGUUGUUGCUGGGGCUCUGCUCCGCCCACUAUGCUGUCGACGACCUUGGCAACUCGACCAUUGUCACCACGACCUACGGCCAACUCCAAGGCGUCGAAGACACGAACGUCGCUGGUGUCACCGUGUUCAAGGGCAUUCCGUUCGCCGCUUCUACUGCUGGCGAGGCUCGCUGGACUGCACCUCAACCCCCUGCGUCUUGGGACGGAGUGAAGGUGGCGGACACUUUCGGUUUGGUGUGCCCCCAGUCCGGCGUGAGCAGUGAUACAAUGAGCGAAGACUGCCUUAACCUGAACGUGUGGACGUCUGCGGAUACCGUGGACGACGCGCUUCUCAUCUAUGUGUGGAUCUACGGCGGUCGAUUCAUCGGCGGCGCUGGAUCCCUGCCGCUCUACGACGGCGCUGGCUUGGCGGCCAAGGGGCUCGUAGUGGUCACGCUCAACUACCGGAUGGGAGCUCUGGGCUUCCUCGCCACGCCCGAGCUACAGCGCGAGUCGCCCAACAACUCCACAGGCAAUUACGGUCUGCUGGACCAGAUCCAGGCGCUUAAGUGGGUACAGGAGAACAUUGCUGCGUUCGGAGGCGACCCGAUCAAGGUGACGAUCGGGGGGCAGUCGGCUGGGGCUUCUUCUGUGUAUCACCUUGUCGAUUCGCCCUUAGCGGCCGGGCUGUUCGGCGGCGCUAUCGCGGCGAGCGGCAUCCGCUUCCCGUACGACCCGCUAAUCGGGGCUCUUGCAACUUCCUAUCGCACAUUGGAGCACGCACUCGAUGGCGGGGUCACAUACAUGGCUGACCACAACGUGUCCACGGCCGCUGAGCUCCGCAACCUGAGUAUCGAGUCCAUCUUGGAGGGCAACGACGAUAACGACGAGUACGGCACCACUGCCGACACUGACGCUAGCAGUGAACCUCCUCUCUUCCGCCCCGUCCUGGACGGCUACGUUAUGCCUCAGACGUACUGGGAGGCGCUGCAGGGUCCUGCCAAUGAUGUUGCGCUGAUAACGGGAAACAACGCUGACGAGAGCGGUGCUGCCACCACCACGAACGUGACUGUGGCUGAGUAUAUCGCUACAGCCACAACCAAGUACGGAGAUUUGGUGGACGAAUACAUGGCGCUCUACCCUACGAGCACCGAUGAAGAGGCCGACAACAUGACCAACAACGCUGCCCGCGACAUCUCGCGUGUCGGUAGCUGGCUGUUCGGGAACUACUGGGCGGAGACGGCGUCGAGCCCGUUCUACACGUACUACUGGAGCCAUGCCCCACCUGGACAGACUGCGGGCGCGUACCACAUGUCGGAGAUCAACUACUGCUUCGACAACUUGUACGACACGGGCUCGUUUGGGAGGCGGACGACUACGCGAUUGCCGACGUGAUGUCGUCGUACUGGGCCAACUUCGUCAAGAACCUCAAUCCGAACGGAGGCAACCUCACGUACUGGCCGGCUUCGGUCACCAUCAGCAACACGACCAUGCACCUAGACGUGACCCAAGAGGUCAUGGACAUCGCCGAAGCCGACAAGAUUGAGUUCAUCCAGAAGUACUUCGCCGCGCAGACGCCAUACUGAGCAGAGGAGCAAGCCAAGUGAGACCAAUCAGCGUAGCUUCGCCACCUACUAAUUGCUGCUUUACUAGCGUUCGCACAAACACUGACUGUGUAGCU